UGCUGUUAUUGUGUAUAAUUAUAAAUGGUAGAGCCAUAGGUAUGUGCUGUUAUUGUGCAUAAUUAUAAAUGACGUGACUUAUGCACAGAAAAUUUAUAUUGUAUUUUUGAGUUCUACAGCACAAAGGAAGAAGAAUUGUAAACUUAGAUAUGAGUGACUACUUCAGUGAUGCCUCUUAUUCUCUGGUCAGGGGAGAAGGGGGAAGAGAAGGAAGAGAGGGUUUCUAGGCUGGUGAUACUGGGAGCUGCAGGGCAGGGCUCGCAUUUUAUGGUUUCUUUCACCCUCUCCAGCUCCACCUUCUCAGAACACUGCCCUCCAAGGGAGAAGCCUGAAGGGGGAGGAUAGAGGAGCUGUCAUUAAUUCUUCCAUUCUUAAAGCCAUGUCCGAGGAUUUGGUGACAUUUGGGGAUGUGGCAGUAGAUUUCUCUCAAGAGGAGUGGGAAUGGCUGAACCCUGCUCAAAAGACUUUGUACAGGAAGGUGAUGUUGGAGAACUAUAGGAGCCUGGUAUCACUGGGAGCUUCUCUUUCUAAGCCAGAUGUGAUCUCAUUACUGGAACAAGGAAAAGAACCCUGGACUGUGAAGAAGCAGGGGACAAGAGGCAUAUGCCCUGAUUGGGAGUAUGUAUUUGAAAACAGUGAAUUUUCAUCAAAGCAAGCUAUUUGUGAAGAAUCAUCCAAAGUGGUGACAAUAGGAAGAAGCCAUCUCAGUUAUGGCCUUGACUGCUCCAGUUUGAGAGAAGACUGUGAAAGUGAGGGCUGUUUUAAGAGCCAGUUGGGAAGUCAGGAAGCACAUUUAAGUCAAUUGAUCAUCACUCAUAAGGAAAUCCUUACUGAAGAACAAAGUAAUAAAUAUAAUAAAUCUUGGCAAACUUUCCAUCAGGAUGCAAUGCUUGAUAUACAACAGAUCAUUCCCACCAAAGAAACAGUACAUAAGCAUGAGCCACAAAAGAAAAGCUACCGAAAAAAAUCUGUUGAAAUGAAACGUAAGAAAGUCUAUAUGGAAAAGAAACUUUUGAAAUGUAAUGAAUGUGAGAAAGUCUUCAACCAGAGCUCAUCCCUUACUCUUCAUCAGCGAAUUCAUACUGGAGAGAAACCGUAUGCAUGUGUUGAAUGUGGGAAAACCUUCAGCCAGAGUGCGAAUCUAGCUCAACAUAAGAGAAUACAUACUGGGGAGAAACCCUAUGAAUGUAAGGAAUGUAGGAAAGCCUUCAGCCAGAAUGCACAUCUUGCUCAACAUCAGAGAGUUCAUACCGGAGAGAAACCUUAUCAGUGUAAAGAAUGUAAGAAAGCCUUCAGCCAAAUUGCACACCUGACUCAACACCAGAGAGUUCAUACUGGAGAGAGACCUUUUGAAUGUAUUGAAUGUGGAAAGGCCUUUAGCAAUGGUUCAUUUCUUGCUCAGCAUCAGAGAAUUCAUACAGGAGAGAAACCUUAUGUGUGUAAUGUGUGUGGGAAAGCCUUUAGCCAUCGUGGAUACCUAAUUGUACAUCAGAGAAUUCAUACUGGAGAGAGACCCUAUGAAUGUAAGGAAUGUAGGAAAGCCUUCAGCCAAUAUGCACACCUUGCUCAACAUCAGAGGGUUCAUACUGGAGAAAAGCCUUAUGAAUGUAAAGUAUGUAGAAAAGCCUUCAGCCAAAUUGCAUACCUUGAUCAACAUCAGAGGGUCCAUACUGGAGAGAAACCUUAUGAAUGUAUUGAAUGUGGGAAGGCCUUUAGCAAUAGUUCAUCACUUGCACAGCAUCAGAGAAGUCAUACCGGAGAAAAACCUUAUAUGUGUAAGGAAUGUAGGAAAACAUUUAGCCAGAAUGCAGGCCUUGCUCAACAUCAGAGAAUUCAUACUGGAGAAAAACCUUAUGAAUGUAAUGUUUGUGGGAAAGCCUUUAGCUAUAGUGGAUCUCUUACUCUACACCAAAGAAUUCAUACUGGAGAGAGACCCUAUGAAUGUAAGGAUUGCAGGAAAUCUUUCAGACAACGUGCACACCUUGCGCAUCAUGAGAAAAUUCAUACUAUGGAGUCAUUCUUGACUCUUUCCUCUCCCUCGCCCCCCACAUCCAAUCAGUUGCAAAGACCUGUAGGUUAUAUCUCCUAAAUAUGUCUGGAAUCUGAUCCCUUUAAUACAUUUCCAUUCCAUCAUCCUUUUCUAAGAUACAAUCUAUUUGAUGUGGACUGUGGAAAUAGCUUCCUAAUUGGUCUUCCUGUAUCCACGAGUCUCCUUCAAAUGUCCACAUUAUAGCCAAACUUAAUUUUUUUAAAUAUAAGUUUACUCAUACCAUUUCUCCCUCGUUGAAAUCCUUCAGUGAUAUCACAUAGUUCUUAGGUUAAAAGCACACAAUCCUCAAAAUAGCCUAAGAGAUCCACUUCCCCCAUACCUGGUUUCAGUCUACUUUCCAAAGACCUAUCAUGUCAGUAUUUAUCUCAUUCUUUGGAUACUUAACCAGAAUUAAGAACUCAGACUCCAGCACCAAAUAGAUCUGAGUUACAAUCCUUGCUUUUCCAUUUUGCCCACUUAUUUUCGGGAACAUCUUACUUAGCCUUUGUAACCUUCAGUCUUAUUUAUAUUACAGGAAUAAUGGUACUACCUCAAAAGUUACUGGGAAAAUUUAAUGAGAUAAUGCAUGUAAAUUGCUCGGCAGCGUGCCUAGCAUAAAGUAACAAGUCAAUAAACUAUGUGAAAUAAAAAGAUACUGUGGUAUACAAAGAAGAGCUGAUCAUCUCAGCCAUAAUCAACUGAGAAAUUAAAAAAGCAUCUCAGA